AACGUUCUGUCGCAUGUCAAAUUAGAAAAGUUCACAGUUCUGAGCGCCAUUUAAUAGUGUCGUGAUUGGGUCUGAGUGAUACAAUACAGUGGAUUGUGCUGGUCUGAGUUAUGAGAGUAGGAAGUAAAAAAAAAAAAAAAUGUUGAUGCUACGACUGGAGUGUUUAUUAAAAAAUGUUGAGGAUUAAUUUUUAUUAAAAAUAUGCGUGCUAUUCGCUCACUUUAGCAAUACUGUUUAACGAGACGUUAGAAUAAAUCAAGCGGUAAGAGAAAAGUUUAAUUUUUUGGCGGCAGAGGAAGCUGAAGAAACAAAGAAAUGGCCUCGGGGAAUGAAGGCAGGAUCUGGGCCAAUGAGGAUCCGUAAAAGCCUAUCCAAUGAGCUUCUAGCUGGUAUGCUUUAAAAUCGUGUGUUGAGGGCGUCCUGGGUUAUAUUUCGAAAGAUAGGUAUUGAGUAAGACACAAUGGCUAGAACCAAGCAGACGGCACGUAAAUCCACCGGUGGCAAAGCUCCGAGGAAACAGCUCGCCACUAAGGCGGCGCGUAAGAGCGCGCCUGCGACAGGCGGCGUGAAGAAGCCUCAUCGUUACAGGCCUGGUACUGUAGCUCUGCGAGAAAUUCGUCGCUAUCAGAAAUCUACUGAACUGUUGAUUCGUAAGCUGCCCUUCCAGCGCCUUGUGAGGGAGAUCGCUCAGGAUUUCAAGACCGAUCUUCGCUUCCAAAGUUCAGCUGUAAUGGCUCUGCAGGAAGCGAGCGAGGCGUAUCUGGUUGGUCUGUUUGAGGACACCAAUCUGUGCGCAAUUCAUGCCAAGAGAGUGACCAUCAUGCCCAAGGAUAUCCAGCUGGCCCGCCGUAUCCGUGGAGAGCGCGCUUAAGACUGCUUGACCUAACACAAUUGGAACACCAAAGGCUCUUUUUAGAGCCACUUAAGAAUUUGUCAGAACAGCAAAUCUGUCCAUGUUCUUUUAGCGUGUGCUGAUGUGAGAUGUGUAUAUAUACAUGAUAUGCUGGUAUGUAAGGAUUAAUACUCAUGGGAUUGCUAGUGUGAAGGCUUAUUCUCUCCCCUGCCCUCAGUGAGCAGCCAAAUAGGGGUGACAUAUUAAUGCUUUAUCUGAAGACUUAAGGGAUACAACUUUGCUUAUAUCUGUUCACAGACUGCCAGUGUGUGUCACUGUGAAGUGAAGUUGUUUUGUAAGCACCAAGAUGUGUCCAAUAUUGAAAUGUGUGGAGGAGGGAAUAAUAUAACAUCUAUUAAUAAACUACCACAGAACAAAAUAGAUAUGUAUGAAAUUGGUCUGAAACUUGAUGUAUGUAUAAAAUCAAUCAUGUUUGGUGUGUUUAGAGAAAACGUGUCACGUGAAACAAAACACAUUUUUUUUGGUUGGUAAUUUGUGUAAUAAAUUAAAAAAAAUAUGGAAGACAAGGUGCAAAAUGAUUGUCAAUCAAACUUAUUAGUACUGAUGUAAUGAUGUGUAGCAAUUAAAUAAUAAUGGAUUUAAAAAGACAACAAACUGGCAGUAAGCCAAACUAGUUGUUUCAUCCUGUCUGUUCACCACGUGAGCAGUAGCCACCCCCACCCCUGCCUCACACAACCUUUGGAAGGAAAAU